CAUCCUCAUCCUCCUCCCCCUCAUCCCCACCACCCCUCCUCUUCCUCCUCCUCCUCCUUCCAAACCCUAGCCCCCUCCUCUUCCUCCUCCUCCUCCUCACGACUCUCCGGCGGCCAAUCCAACUCCGCAUGCGCCGCCUGUAAGUACCAGAGGCGCAAGUGCAACCCCGACUGCACCCUCGCCCCCUACUUCCCCGCCGACCAGCAGCGUCAGUUCCUUAAUGCCCACCGUCUGUUCGGCGUCAGCAACAUAUUGAAAAUAAUACGCGGCCUCGACUCCCGGAAGCGCGACGAGGCCAUGCGCACCAUCAUCUACCAGUCCAACGUCCGCGCGAUGGACUCCGUCGGCGGGUGCUACCGCAUCGUCCUGGAGCUCGAGCGGCAGGUCGAAUUAUACACCGCCGAGCUCCAGCUCGUCCUCCAGCAGCUCGCCGUCUGCCGUGCUCAGGCGCAGGCUGCUGCCGCCGCCGCGCCCCUGUCGGCCGAGCUGGGUCUCAACGUCGCCGCCGACGUUGAUGACGGCGUCGUCUACAAUAAUAAUCUUUUUGGCAAUAACAAUUUCGUACCCAUCGCGCCGCAUCAGCAACAGCAGCAACAGCAGUACUAUAACUAUUUCUGUUACGAUAGCGACGGCGAGAAUAGCACUCGUUUUAAUAACAACGUCAUCGUCAAUUUCAAUAACGAAAAUAACUUCGGUAACAUCGGAGACAAUGUGGAGGAUGCAUUGGUUUCGUCUAGUAUAAAUUUCCAGCAGGAGCAGAUGCAGAAGCAGUUAGAGGAGGUGAAGUUGGAAGAAUUGGAUGUGAAGCCAUUGGUGGAUGUUUUUGAAGCAGGGCAAAGUUUUAUUAGAGAGAAUGAGGAGGAGCAGUUGAAGAGUUCCGCGUCUUCUCUUUGCCGUGCUAAAAUGGCUGAAAAGGAGGAUCUAAACACAAUGGAGCAUGUCCAGGAGCACGAUCUGAAAGGCGCUGCCUCCUUGUUUACACUGACAAAUGGUAGUAGCUCAGCUAUAGAGUAACUUUUUCUCCUUUGUUUCACAUUUGAGAUAUGUUACCGUGUGUGUUUCUGUAGAGAAAUUCCUCCGAGAGAGGAAUUUUUUUUUUUCAUUAACAAGAAUUAAGUUUAUUUUAUGCUUUGAUCUAAUUGCAAAUUGCCAUCCAAGAUUUUUUAGUUGCAAAUUGCUGUGUGAACUAUUAACUUUAUUUCAAUCAAUCAUGUUUCGCCGAGUUCUCUAAAUGCUAUCGGCACGCGACUACCAUCAAAACUCCAAACUUUGGUGUUGUUGGACAACUUCAAAGAAACUUUUAUCACGCGGCUAUUGCUUGUUGCCGAUAGUUAAAUGACUCGACAGAAAAAACUUGAGUUCGAUGACUAACUGAUACAAAAUGAAUACUCGAGCGGUAAAUUUUAACUUUAAAAUUUUGGAUGGUGAUUUUCAUGUUGUUUGAUCAAAGUUAAUGUUGCGUAAAAGUUUUCUCUUUGUCUUGUAAAAUAAAGGAAGAAAAUGUUUAAUGCGGGUGUGUGCGUUCGCCGGCGUGCGUGUGUCAUUCCUCCAAUUUUUAGCAUUUAUAAUAUU